CCAUGCUCUGGGAUAACUUGCUCAUUGUUGUCAGUAAGCCGGGGAGGUUGGAGCUUGAGAGGGUUUGGGGACCUUUUCAGUUCUUAAUCCAUGUCAUCGUGCUGUCACGGGUGUGUUCCUUGUCCUCUCUCAAUACGGUAAAGAAAAACUCGGUGUUUCAACAGAUCCAUUGCUGUGUGCUAGGUACCUUCGGCAGUUACUUGCUUAAGCACAUUUUGGUAGGCUUCCUAAAAAAUCUUGUUUCCUUUUUCCUAACACAAAUUCUUGCAGUAAGCAGACAUUUCCUUUUAGUUCUGCAGUUUCCCUGAACGUUUAUUUUCCUUUUCUCAGGCCCGCUUCCUUUGAAGGAUAGCAUUGUCGUCCUGACUAAGCAGUCCUGACCUUUCUAAUUAAUAUCUACUGAAAGCGCUGCUACCAGAGACAGAGGAACCAACAAUAAGGAGCAUAAUUGAACACUAAUCAGAAUACAGGGUUUAUGCUAUUAAUGAGAUUGCAUAGUGUGUUCUUGGGCCAAAUUAGAACCGUCUGCAAACCCCUGACACGGGGAUUCCUAAUUCACUUCUUUGUGAGUCUCAGUUGUCUUGGUUUAAGUCUAAAGACCCAGCCAAGUUUUCUUGGGUAAGAUGGAAGGACACAUUCUCGAUGAGAUCCUGCCUCCAUGUGAUCAUUUUCCCCAUCUGUUCUAAAACCGUGACUGUGGGAUGCAUUUUCUAGAAACUGAAGAGAAUUAACUUUUAAGUUGGGGUUAUUUUCAAGUCUUGAGCUAUAUUCAUCAGUGACUAAUACCACAUGUUGUGUUUUCUGAUACAGUAAAAUGUAUUAGAGCUACAAGUUCAGGGAAUAGCUUUCUCCUAAAGACAUAAAAGAUAGGAGCUUAUUAAAAAAAAGAAAAAGGCAGCCAGAUUUUGCCAGUGUUUUUAUGGAGAACACCCAAGGUGUAGCCCUGAGCCUCUUUAAAUUAAAAUGGGUGUGGGUAGCAGAUGGACUUUUCCAAGCUGGCUGUGUUCAUAGUCUGCUCCUUGACACCUUUUGGCACCUUUGAGUUUUACAUACAAAAUACAGCCUUGGUUGUAGGAAGGGGAAUAUUCUGAACAGUCAUGGAAUUAAUAGUUUUAAGCUUCCCUGCAAGGCAAGCUUGCCUGAGUUUGACAUACCCACUUAGAAGGUUUUACCUGUUUUUAGUAACUUGUCAGUUGAGUCAUUAUUUUGGGUAUUAAUAAAAUGAGGAUGUAUUACCAUCUUGUGAAAUGUCUAUUUUCCCCCUACAAUGUGGUGUUUUUAUUUGAGAAGCACUGGCUGAUGAUAGCAAUGCUUUCUAACCUACUAACAGUUACCCUCUACGGGUAAUUACCUUCUUGUAAUAAAAAGUUAAGGAGAUGAAAAUAGAAACCACAGGUGUUUUCAGGCAUAGUGAACAGAAUGUGGCAAUUCAAACGAUUACAAGGAGGGGCUCCUGGGUGGCUUAGUUCGCAGAGCGUGCAGCUCCUAAUCUCGGGGUCGAGAGUCUAGCCCUUCGUUGGGCGUAGAGAUUACUUUAAAAACAUAAAAAAAUAAGAUAAAAAAAUAAAAAUAGUUUUCAGAAAAGGAUUAAAAGGAAGUGGGUUUUUUGCCCAGAGGAUGAUAUUUUUUUUAGUGACGAUACAUGGCUUGUGCUAAUUUUUAACAAUAUUUAAAUAGUGAAUGAGUUCUACAUCAGGUCUGUCUUGUUUGGAACGCUGACUUCCCAGUAUCUUCAAAAUCAAAACUCUGGACAUAGUAGGUGAAAGUAUUUUUGCCAAAAACUGUUCCUUUGGUGGAUACCUUAUACCAUAGUAUCUUUUAUCUUUUCUAUCAGCAGAAAAAUAAGUCAGGACAGGAGCUAUAUCUGAUACAUUUUCUAAACACUGACUAGAAGAGAAGUUAAGCCAGGACGAUCCAGUUUCAUUUGUUUUUCUCCCAAAAAUAAAUGUCAACUGAGAAAGAAAUUGGGAAAGUGACUGUCACAAGUGUUCGCUCACCUUGAAGAUUGCCAUAGCUUGUAAUCCCAUCCAUGGGUCUGCUGUUUCCACCUGUCUCACACGUCUGCCCAUGAGUUCCAUGUGUGUGGGUGUGUGAGAUGAAUUCCUUUCCAAGUUCUAUUGAAGAUCUGUUGAAGUUGACACGUUGUUCUAUGUAUUGUGAGAGAAUUAAAGCAACCAAACUACAGAAGCGUUCCCCAACUUUGACUCUACCAGUUCCUGAUUAUAAAGACGGCAGAGGAAUGGAGACAAUAACCCUGCAUGCUGUGUGGUUUGCGUUGUUAACCCAAGUUUGCUUGUCUGUUUCCUAAUUCAAACAGAGCGUCAGAAGCCAUGAUGCAUGUAGUGUGUGUGUGCUGCAGCUGGAGUGGGCCCCAGACCAGGUAUUUAUAGACGCCACGUUCAGCCUUCCAUCCAGUUAUCGUCUGUGCUCUGAAAGUCUCUGUGUCCGCCGCAGUUUUGGAACUUAGCUUCUGCCAUCCAUGUCACCUCGUCUAAUCUGGUUACAACCAGCCUGUGUAUACAUCCGUAUGUUGGCAAGCGUACACAUCGAAGUAUAGUUUCCUAUUUAUAGUUUCAUCAACUGUUGUGGAACAGUCCAAGGAGGGGAGGGAGAUCCCAGUAAAAGCCAGGUCCAUCUGGCCAUUGUGAAUAGAGCAAAUCAAGAAUAUCAGCCCCACAGCAUGUUGUUGUUGAAGAUCACUACACCGUUAGGGGUUCCGUGAGCCUGUUUCUUCUGGAAAACUGGAAGUUCCUUUUUCAUAUCCCUGCACACAACUGCCUAGAGUGGUAGAAGGGCACUUCUACCUGAAAGAAAUUUUCAUUCCGCUGCAGACCAAAUCGAGGCUUCGGCCAGGUAAACUUGUCUGGAGGCACAGGUUCAAUAACGUGGGCAGCGCUGGGGUUUAAUUCUCCCUGAAACGGGAGUUAAGACUUGACUCUUCUCUCCCGAGCCUCGCAGAGUCUCCCCGGGAGACACUCUGCUCCCAUCUCCCUGGAGUGUAAAUUUGGGAGACGGCAGCCUGAGUUUACUGGCUGAUUUAUCAAGAGGAAAAAAGGCAACUCCCAGCCUCGGGCUUUAUACGGGGUUGCAGGCUGGUUGUGAUUAGAUACUUAGCACUUAAUUUCUUCGUUUUUUUCUUUUUCCUUAGAAAGAUGGGGUAAAAGUAGGCACAGUUUAAUUAUUCUUAAUAUCCACUGUUCUCAUCCCCUUCUCCUCUCCUGUAGUACUGAGCCUGUCCCCUACGGUCAGCACUUAGGCCAGUGAAGUCUCAGCCCUUGGAGGACUGUGUGCUGCUUUCUUAGCACAAAACACACACUGAGGCCACGUUCUCCUUGACCUGACACAGUGAUUGUAACUGGCGUGCCAGUGCCCGAAGGCCAUCAUCACAUGCCCCGUGCUACUUAACUUGGAUAUUUGACUGUGAUGCAUCUUUUCUGUUCUCAUUAACUCACAACUGAACCUCUUUCAGAGUCGGCCUUAGAGAUUGAUAAAUAAAACUAAUAACUGUGUUUCUAGACACUAAUGGAUAUAAUUUACACUGAAGCAAAUGCUGUUUUCCUGUUGACCUCUAAACUAUAUUGUUUGACCAGAAGUCAGUAACUUCCCAACAGAGUCAGUGCUUUAUCUCGUGCUGUUAACCGGUGUUGGAUUAGAAUGAUUUAGAGCCAUUUGAAUCUGGAUUGCUUCCUGACUUAAGAUCAAGCCCCCCACAAUGGAUGGCAGUCAACACGAAGCAUUUGAGUCUGAGAAGCAUCUGCCUGAGAGAUUGCAUCGUGAAGUAGUUUUUGCUGCCACCCGUUGGCAUUUAAUUAACAAUCUUCUAGUCACUGCAUAGAGAGAAAAGUGGUAAAGAAACUACCUCACUGGGAAUGUCAUCCUUACCAACUUCAGAUGGAUUUAACCAUCCAGCCCAUCCUUCAGGACAGAGUCCUGAGAUUGGUAAUCCUAUGAGUCUUGCUCACUCUGUCUCUGCUUCAGGCUGCCCUGUCGAGCCCAGUGACCCUGACAGCAUUGAACCUAAAGCUCUAAAGGCUUUGAAGGCUUCCGCCGAAUUCCAGAUAACCUCUGAAAAGAAAGAACAUCUUCCUCCACAGGAUCUUUCUGAUUGUGCUUCUUCAGCAGACAGCGCUCCAGCCAUGCCUCUGCAGAAUUCAUCCGAAGAAGCCAUUGUUGCAGAGAAUAUGGCGAAAUCUGCUGAAAGAAGCACCCAGGGCCUCAGAUCUCCUCUCCACACAAGACAGCAAGCUAGUUUAUCUGUCACGACUACUAGUGUGCAAGAACCACCGGGGUUUCUAGGUGAAAAGGGUUGGCAUCCAGAAAGUCAGAACCCGAGUCAAGGGAAUGGCCUUCAGCAGCACAAAGAACCAGGGAAUGAACAGCAUGAGGUUGUACAACAGAAUGCUCUACGUGACCAAGAACAGGAACAUCUCUGUAACACAGAGGACUUUGAACUUCUUGGAGAAAGGCAACAGAAUCCACAAAGAAGUGUUGAUUUAGAAGCUACAGUGAAAGAAGACAGGCUGCAGCAGAAUGUGGACCUUCCAGGUACAGAGGAAAAUAUUCUACCUUCAGGAUGCUUUGGCUGCCCCCAUUCAGAAACACUCAUGGAAGUGGAUACAGUUGAAGAGUCCCUAGUGGCUGUGCCUAACUCAGCGGAUGGUCAGAAUGCCAAUGUCAAGAACAUCGGUGCACCCGAUCUCACCUUAGAUAAUCCCCUGAUGGAAGUAGAAACAUCAAAAUGUAACCCUUCAUCCGAAAUUUUGAGUAAUUCAAUUUGCACUCAGGAUUUACAACUCCCAGACAAUAACGUUGAAAUGUCUGGAACAAAUAAAGAAGAUGGGGAUUGCUCCCCGUCUUUAAGUCUCUGUAGCAGUUGUCAGCCUUCUGUGGAGUCAGCAGAGGAAUCCUGCUCAUCUCUAACAGCAGCCUUGAAGGAACUCCAUGAACUUUUGGUCAUUAGUAGUAAACCAGCUUCAGAAAAUACAUCUGAAGAAGUUAUCUGUCAAUCAGAAAUGGUAACUGAGGGCCAAACAGGUGUGAAGGACCUUUCUGAAAGAUGGACCCAAAGUGAGCAUGUUCUAGUUACCCGGAACGAAGAGCGUUCACAAGUCUCCUUUCAUCAGACCAUAACUGUAUCGGUGAGGGCAGAAAAGCUAACAGACACUUCAAAUGGUGCUGGAGUAGAAGAUGUAGAAAAUAUUAAUGUCAGGGAUCCAGGUGAUGGCCUAGUAACUGAUAAGGAAAGUGUCCCCGAGUCUAGGGAAUCUGAGAACAAGGGCAGUUCUGACGCUCUAGCCUCAGCAAAAACGUCUAAUCAAUUACACUGCACCUUAGGUGUAGAAAUCUCACCCAAACUUUCAGCAGGUGAGGAGGAUGGUGUCAGUCCCACUUCUGAGCAAACGAAGUCCUGGUCCAGUUUCACGUUGGUUGAAGAUCUGGGUCAGGGCGCACAGAAUCCGGUGACAGACAGGCCUGAGACACGACAGGAUGUCUGUCCUGAAGCUGCAGGGCCACUUGUUGACUGUGAACCGCCCACCAGCCACCCAUCAUCAAGUCCCUCCAUUCUUCCACCACUGGUUUUUCCUGCUGCAGACAUUGACCGGAUUCUCCGUGCCGGCUUCACUUUGCAGGAAGCUCUUGGGGCUUUGCAUCGAGUUGGUGGAAAUGCAGACCUUGCCCUUCUUGUUUUGCUCGCAAAGAACAUUGUAGUUCCUACAUAACCAAGGAAAAGUGGGCUAAACCAUCCUCCAUUCCCUUAAAAAAAAAAAAAAAAAAGCUAUAGACACACAUCUCUCUCUCUCUCUCUCUCUCUCUCUCUCUCUUUCACUCACCACGUACACAGUAUAUGUAGAAACCUGCAAGCAGAAUGUUGAGCCAGAUUUUUUUUAAAGAUUUUUUUCGGCCAAAGUAACUUAUCUCUUGUCUGAUGAAUUUGUCUAUUCUAUUUGUUAAAAUUUGGGCCUUUUAAAUGUAUUGGCAGUAUGUGCAUACAAAAGCUUUUUAUUAUCAAGAUGAUGUAUUCUGGAAUAAAAUUGAUGGUUUUGUGUAUAGCAUA